CUCGUUGCGUGGCGUGGCAGUGCGUCAUGGCACGACACACCUGCUGUAAAACAGGGGACACACCCAUAAGUUUUACUUGCCCCUGAAGUCAUAAUUACUGGAUUGUCCGAUUGUCCGUGUAGAGACACGCAGAUACAUAUCAACAUGAGGAACCACGUGCCAGUGAUUACUGUACUAAUUUCUUCUAUCAUCUGUGGUGCUGCUCCUUCCAAGUGUCCAGGUGUGGGUCAACUCGGCAAACAAUACACGAUUGUAAGUGCCAGGCACUACACAGGAUUUGUGUGGGUGCGUCCCAGUGGUGGCCGGUAUGUCGUCACCUGCAACCCCAGCUGCAGCCCUAUUGCUGGAUACAGGGCAACCAUGAAUGACACACACGCCACACUUACUAUAGAUAGUCUGACGAUGGCUGACGUUGGCGCAUGGGGACUAGUGAAUGCAAAUAAGGUUGGAGCCGUCGCUGUCAGAGUGUGUGUGCUUUGUGCAGCUGGGCUCCCACAGUGUAGCGUCCGCAGUGACGAGGACACCAACUCCCUGGAACCUGGAGCACAGCUGACUCUGACAGUAAACAUCACCCACUACUACUGUUCUGUGGAGACUGGCUUUGAUCUCACGACUGGUGCUGUGACUGACGAGUUGGUGGCGAAACACAACGUCACUGGUGUAUCAACCGACAUCGUCAACCAAACAUUCAAUGUUGAUGUCACAAGACUGGGAGAUUUAACACUGACCUUUUUGUGUGGCAAGCGCUGGAAUUUCCUUUGUGACGGUGUUAAAAAGUUAAUAAAAAGUCCUCCUCAGUGUGACGUCAGAAGUGACACAGACACCAACACACUAGGGCUUGGUACAAAUCUCACUCUGACUGUGGACAUCAAGAACUACUACUGUCCCCAAGAGACUGGGUUUAAUCUGACGACAGGUCAUGUGACAGACGAGUUGAGGGCAACACACAAAGUCAGUCAUGUAUCUGACCUAUCGGUCAACAAAACAGUCAGUGUUGACAUCAGGAGACUAGGAGACGUUACGUUGAACUAUGUAUGUGGCAAAACUCUGAAUCUGACGUGUAAUGGCGUUCACGAACUGUUCAAAAGUCCUCCUCAUUGUGACAUCAGCAGUGACACAGACACCAACACACUAGUGCUCGGUACAAAUCUCACUCUGAGUUUGGACAUCAAGAACUACUACUGUCCCCAAGAGACUGGGUUUAAUCUGACGACAGGUCAUGUGACAGACGAGCUGAGGGCAGCACACAAAGUCAGUCAUGUAUCUGACCUAUCGGUCAACAAAACAGUCAGUGUUGACAUCCGGAGACUAGGAGACGUUACGUUGAACUAUGUAUGUGGCAAAACUCUGAAUCUGAUGUGUAAUGGCGUUCAAAAACUGUUCAAAAGUCCUCCUCAGUGUGACGUCAGAAGUGACACAGACACCAACACACUAGGGCUUGGUACAAAUCUCACUCUGACUGUUGACAUCAAGAACUACUACUGUCCCCAAGAGACUGGGUUUAAUCUGACGACUGGUGUUAUGACUGAAGAGUUGGUGGCGAAACACAACGUCACUGGUGUAUCAACCGACAUCGUCAACCAAACAUUCAAUGUUGAUGUCACAAGACUGGGAGAUUUAACACUGACCUUUUUGUGUGGCAAGCGCUGGAAUCUACUUUGUGACGGUGUUAAAAAGUUGAUAAAAAGUCCUCCUCAGUGUGACGUCAGAAGUGACACAGACACCAACACACUAGUGCCUGGUACAAAUCUCACUCUGACUGUUGACAUCAAGAACUACUACUGUCCCCAAGAGACUGGGUUUUAUCUGACGACAGGUCAUGUGACAGACGAGUUGAGGGCAACACACAAAGUCAGUCAUGUAUCUGACCUAUCGGUCAACAAAACAGUCAGUGUUGACAUCAGGAGACUAGGAGACGUCACGUUGAACUAUGUAUGUGACAGAACACUGAAUCUGACGUGUACUGGCGUUCAAAAACUGUUCAAAAGUCCUCCUCAUUGUGACGUCAGAAGUGACACAGACACCAACACACUAGUGCCUGGUACAAAUCUCACUCUGACUGUUGACAUCAAGAACUACUACUGUCCCCAAGAGACUGGGUUUAAUCUGACGACAGGUCAUGUGACAGACGAGUUGAGGGCAGCACACAAAGUCAGUCAGGUAUCUGACCUAUCGGUCAACAAAACAGUCAGUGUUGACAUCAGGAGACUAGGAGACGUCACGUUGACCUUUGUAUGUGACAGAACCUGGAAUCUGACGUGUAAUGGCGUUCAAGAACUGUUCAAAAGUCCUCCUCAGUGUGACGUCAGAAGUGACACAGACACCAACACACUAGGGCUUGGUACAAAUCUCACUCUGACUGUGGACAUCAAGAACUACUACUGUCCCCAAGAGACUGGGUUUAAUCUGACGACAGGUCAUGUGACAGACGAGUUGAGGGCAGCACACAAAGUCAGUCAUGUAUCUGACCUAUCGGUCAACAAAACAGUCAGUGUUGACAUCAGGAGACUAGGAGACGUCACGUUGACCUUUGUAUGUGACAGAACUCUGAAUCUGACGUGUACUGGCGUUCAAGAACUGUUCAAAGCCCCACCACAGUGCAACAUCAGCAGUGACACAGACACCAACGCACUGGAACCUGGGACAAAUCUCACCCUGACUGUGGACAUUAGGAACGUCUACUGUUCGCAACAAGCUGGAUUUGUUCUGACCACUGGAGGCAUCCAAGCCGUAUUGUUACAGAACCUGACAACGGACAACAUCAUGAACACUGCCCUAACCACCUCCUUUAUUGUGACAGCUGAUCAUCUAGGCGAUGUCAGUGUUACCUACAUCUGUGACAACACCAGCACAUCACUCACCUGUGGUGGUAUUGAUAAACUUAAAGUUCUUCCAUCACCAACAACUCCUACAACAGCAACGUCUCCUACUACUACUCCUACAACAACAACAACAACAACAACAACAACAACAACAACAACAACAACUUCACCUACUACCACUGUUCUUCCUUCCACCACCCCAACGGCUGCUACCCCUACUACAGAGCCAUCAACGACAUCGACAACUGGUCCGUUGACACAAGCUGGAUCGCCUGCCGCUACCGAACUCACGAAGUCCGUCGGCGUGUCCUCUCCAACCGUCACUCCAGAGACGAGGUCGCCACCAACCGUCACUCCAGAGACGAGGUCGCCACCAACUGUAACUGAAACGACAUCAUUGACACACACUACUUUGAUCAUUGUUAUUGUUCUGCUUCUCAUCGUAUUUCUCAUCAUCAUCAUCAUCAUUAUUGUAUGCUGUCGCAGGAAAUACCACACGUACCGUAUGUCACAAAAGCAAACAGGUUUAUAAACUUCCUGAUGACCACAAGAAAUAUAUAGAAGAUAUUUCAUGUGUCGAGUGAAAUUUGUUUCUCUCAUUGAGUGGCGGGAUGAGAGAAGCAUGAUAUAUCACGAGACACAUGGAAUAACCUAUUUAUCAUAUACUUUUUGAGUAGAAAAUAAAAUUAUUUCAUUACAAAUGUUAACCUUUAAACGUAAAUUCUCUAUACCUAACACACAGGGACGGGUCACCACCCCUUGUAUUUGCGACUAAAAAGUAGUUUCGUGUUUGCAAAAUCAUAAAAAAAAAUAUAAACAAAAGUAACGAUAAAUAUUUAGGGUCUCCAAAAUUCUUUAUCAUGCAUGUAUAUAUGAGGUCUUUGAAAGACAUUUAGAAGUGAUACACAUAAGAAAGAGAAUAUAUGGAUGUCAACUUCUUUAUUAUGAGACCGCCUCCGUGGUCUAGUGGUAAA